GCAAAGAAAAGAAAAAGCAAUAAAAUAUAGGAUGACACUAAAAGCUGGAAUUUCGUUCGAAGAGGAAUUAAAGAAAAAUCCAGAAUUGAAGGAAGACGAUAUACGAACGUUGAGAGAGUGGUGUCAAAAGCAACCUCAUUUGCCGAAAAUCUCCGACAGCGAGUUGGCUCUCUUUUUACACAGUAAUUACUAUCGUAUAGAGCCAACGAAAAAUACCAUCGAUACUUAUUACACCGUACGAACUCACGUACCAGAGUUUUUUUCUAACAGAGAUCCUAUUGGCUCGAAGGACCUUCGAAAAGCAUUUCAAACAGUAUCCAAUUUGGUUUUGAAUAAAACCACCAAUGAUGGUUACAAAAUCAUUUAUGGUAGACUGAUAGAUACCGAACCGUCGCAUUACGUUUAUAACGAUGGUAUGAAAUUCCUUAACAUGGUAAUUGAUCUCUGGCUUCACGAAGAAGGUACUUCCAAAGGUCACAUUAUCCUCUUUGAUACAAAGAACGUUGCACUUGGACACGUGGGUCGACUAAAUCCUAUGGGAUUGAAAAAAUUUCUUUACUACUUGCAAGAAGCUUUACCUGUACGUCUUAAGGGUUUCCAUUUUAUGAACACCUCGCCGGUUAUGGACAUUAUUCUUAAUAUGAUGAAGCCUUUUAUGAAAAAGGAAUUGAUGGACAUGUUUCACAUGCACUCGACUAUGGAAACUUUGGCUAAGUUUAUACCCUUGGAAAUACUUCCAAACGAAUCGGGUGGGCAAGCAGGUCCUUUGAAGGACUUGAACGAUGCUCAAAUUAAAAAAUUAGAUGACAAUCGUGCUUGGUUUCAACAAGAGGAAACCUUAUGUCGCGUUAAUGAAUCUCUGCGUCCCGGUAAAGGAAAAACAGCAACGGAUCUGUUUGGUGUUGAAGGAAGCUUCAAAAAGCUCGAAAUUGAUUGAACAAUCUAUCCGACUUUUUCCGAUCUUUUUAUCCGAUUACUUACUAAAAUUACAUCCAAAUCACAUCAAAAUCUUGUGAUUUCUUUCUUAUAUAAAUAAAUGCAUACGUAAUUAUGAUGUAACGCGUUAUCGCUGUAAUUGUAAUAGUAGAUGACUAAAAGAUGACUGUUAUGUAUUUUGUUCUUUUUAUUACUACGAACAAUUAGAAACUCUUAAUAUAUAGCAAGGAUUUAACAGAAAAAAAGUGCUUGUAAAAAAAUCGAUAAACCUUGUCUCUUCUUAGAAUACAAAUGGACUUUGAUAGAAAUUAAAAUUCACAAUCAUACAAUAAGUUCAGACUUGUAUAACGUCAGAUCAAUAACAAAGUAUUACAUAACACGGUUGCAUUGCAAAAUCAAAAGAAAAAAAA